GACCGUAUUUCCGUGUAUAUAUCACAGGUGGCCGGACACACGGAACCUAUACCGACAUCGAUCGCCGGACAGGUCAAUUGUCCGCCGUGAACAUCAARYGACGUAACCUAAUACAACAUGAAGUUGGUCAUUGUCGUGGCGUUGCUUGGGUUGGCGGCCACAGCCGUCGGCGCCUCGUCGGCGCGCGUGAAGAAGGACGUCGGGUCGAAGAACAGCAACGAACAGUGCGUGUACGCGGACGUGUCCAAGACCGGCAAGAAGACGAUCGUCUGCGGUGAUCCGGCGCCACCCACGCUGGCCUCCAUCUUGACUAAUCAGCUACAGAGACAGUCGACGACCGCCGAGGCCAGAGUCCCGUCGGAAAAGUGUUUGGACCUUCUGCACAAAACCAAACCCGCGCCGGUGUCCUUGUACUUACAACCGCAGGCCGUCCACCAACAGCCGCACUACGAACAGCUGCACGUGAUUCACCAUCAGGUGCCUCAGGUGCCCCAGGUGCAGUACUUGCAGCAGCCACAGCAGCCAAUGGUACACUAUCAGCCGACGGUCGUCUACCAAAAACCGAUUGCACAAGUGCUACCUUCCAAGUCUCUGUGUUCGUUGAACAGUGGUUGCUCAGACGCCGGUUACACGGGUGGUAAUUACAUGAGCGGCAGUUAUUUGGGCGGCGGUUAUUCGGGUGGCAGUUAUUUGGGCGGCGGUUAUUCGGGCGGCGGUUAUUCGGGCGGCGGUUAUUCGGGCGGUGGUUACCGUAUGGCCGACGGAUCUUACCCAGUACUGACGAGGGCAGUAGACGAUGUCGACGAGAUGGUGGGCCCCGACGGAUUAUACGAAGAUGAUAACUUGCAACCGACACCUCAGAACUACAUGGAGGCGGGACCGUACGAAGACGCUUCGGUUCGCAAAGGGUUCGGUGGCAGCCGCCCAAGAACAGUGGCGAUGCGACCCACGCCGCUGUUCGUGCCAGCAAUGUUGAGAUCAGCUGACUCGUACGAAUACGAGGCCGGCGCUGGUCCUGAAUGGCAGCCGCAGCAGCGGUUCGUAUCGGAACCUGGGUUACAGUUACCAGGCACGUACCCGCAGCAAUCGUUGGUCGGCCGGUCGAUGGCUACAGCGUUGGCGGAGGGUCCGUUUGACAGACGGCAGCUAGCAUUAAACGGUUACAUGCCYGUUCGGGCUGAGGCGAUUAUGCCAACACCGGACCGGUACAACUAUGGCGGAUACUCAAGAACAGCUGGACAACAACCGCAGCUACAGCAGCAAAUGCUACAACAACAACAACUGCAACAGCAGCAACUACAACAACAACGACUGGAGCAGCAGCAACUACAGCAACAAMAACUGCAACAGGAGCAAUUACUGCAACAACAACAACAACAGCAACAGCCGCAGAAAGAAGUCGAACCGGUCCAGCAGCUAUCCGGUGGUGAGGUCGAAGGAGUGAAUGUAGCGGUGACCGCAAAAGCCGAUCCAAAAGAUCUAAAAUCGGCUGAGCGCAAGAAAAACGUCAAAAAUUAAACUCUGCGAUAYGGUUAAUCAGUAGGUAUAAAAUAUUUAAAAAUUGUUUUCCGUGUAAAUAUUUUCCGCUCAACUAACUGGUUCACUAAUUUUUAUUGUGUCCGACUAGUCGUUAAUGACCGAACAGCGGCUAUGCCUUUUUUAAKAUAUUUAUUUUACCAUGUGAUUUCAACAUUGUUUUUUUUCUCAUGCACACGGUGUUUCGAUACUAUAAUAAUWA